AUGAAGAAUGCAUUUUCACUUGUGGCCUUAAUCAUAUUCUUUGUCAUGCUUUCUUCCGGGGGUGUAUACUUGGGACUUUUUAAUUUUCAGGUGAAGGGAGACAUAUGCCAAGACCCUCUAGGUGGUUGUCCACGAUGUGAUGAGAGAUGCAAGGGUAAGCACGGGCCAACGGCCCAAGGGAAUUGCGACAUAAACCAACAAUGCAUAUGUUAUAACACGUGCGGACCAUCACCACGUCCUCCAAAGCAAAAUGGAAUAUGCUAUGGUGGGGUUGGUUUGUGCAGCAGUGCAUGCAAUGAAAACUGUGCACAAAAGUAUUCUGGUGGAGCUGGAUUUUGUGAGCACAUUGGCGGCAGCAGCUUGUGCAAGUGCCAAUAUCCUUGCUAA